AUGCAAGUCGAAAUUGUCAAAAGCAGCCACGGUAAAAAGAAAUUUCGCAGGCCAGAACGCUCAAUUCCUGAAGAAAUCAAAAGUUCUUUAUUGGAACAAACAACACCUCGAAAACUUUGGACACCUCAGGAUGGAAUUCAAGCCAAAAUGACAAAAUUAAAUGACACUGAUGAAUUUCAACGAAAUGCACCGCCACCUACUCGUCCCUUAUUCGAUCAUCGUAGGGACCCUAUCAUUUUGGUGCCAAAAGCUAGCAUUGGACACGAAAGUCAAAAGCCAACUUUGAAUAACGCGUCAUAUAAGAAUGAAACUGUUAAUUAUACUCAUACUCGUCGCGCUAGCACUCAUUUCGGGUCUGUGACAAAUGGAAAAAAACUUUAUAAUCCUUAUAGCGAUGAAGAAAGCGAUUCAAAGAAACAAGCUCAACGUGAUAUCGCUAAGCCUUCUCGUACACACGCGCGAACCAAAAGUGCCCAUGAUGCCGUUUCAGUUGCCCUCAAGAAUAAUGAAAUUGGUAAAGGUGCCAUAAACAAAGAAGAACGUGAUGCAAAGGUGUUAAAAAAUCUUGCUAAGGAGAUUGCGUUAAUGGAAAAGCAACUUUUUGAUCUUUCAAGUCAGAUCAAUAGUAAUAAUGCCAUUGACGAUGUACCGAAAAUUGCUUCUAGGCAAUAUCUCGUUAGUGAGGAAUAUUGGGAAGAAAGAAUGUCCUUUCAUUUACGUUUGGCUCAGAAAUACAUAGAGUUUACGCAAAUUGACAAGAAUGUUGCAAUGAAACAAGACUUUGAGUCCAAAUGUUGGAAAUACGCUUUUUACACCCUGAUCGAAGAAUUUAGGAAUGCACUCUCGAUAGAACGUGCUUCCACAGGACACCGCUCUUACACUAAUUCAAUUGUUCUUAAGCAGUUCGGUAAAUUCUUGAAUGAGUCCGAAACUUUCUAUAUAGAAUUAUUGAAAAACAGUAUUCAAAAAACUAAAUCCAAUGAGAUUCCGCCCGAGAAUAGCCAACUUCCAAAAUGGUUUCGUUGCAUCAGUUGUUUAGGUGAUCUUGCUCGAUACAGGUGGACUUAUAGCUUAAAUGAUCACGAAGAUAAAAAACAUGAAUGGGCCAUGAAUGCAUCAAAUUGGUAUAAAUUAGGGAUUACACUCAAUCCUUCAAAUGGUAAAUUCUAUCACCAUUUAGCGAUAUUGGCUUCUAAUGACGAGAUGCAAAAGUUAUAUUAUUUUUGCCGCAGUCUUCUUGUUAAAACUCCAUUUAUUAUUGCACGUGAAUCUGCAAUUCCAUUUUUUGAGGCCAAUCGACAACUUUUUAUACCAAACGUCAACGAUACUAAACAAAAAACUCGUCGCGGAUAUCUACACAAACGUGAAAGUAACUCGACUUGUAGUACAUCGAAGGCUACCAAGCUCAUUUCGAAUCAAGAUAUCCAAUCUCUCUUUGUCCGAUUGCACGGAAUGCUUUUUACAAAAAUCGGUCUCGAGAAUUUCAAUGAGACUUUACGUAUUUUCGUACAUAAAACAUCCAAUAUUAAUUAUUUGCAAAAGAUUGAUAAGGUCGAAAACCAAUAUUUUUUGGAGCUAUGCUUGCAAUUGGCCGUAAUAAAUCUAUCGAGUAUAUAUUGUUAUGGCAACAAUGAAGGUUCUUCCCUUAUUAAAGCAAUCGAGGCUUCUAUAAAUGACCGAGAAGACAAUGUGAAGAUUCUCGAUUCUGAUAUUGCAUUCACUAAUGGAGUAAAUAUUACUUUUGAGCUUAUGAGGCAAUUUAUGGGUAAUUAUCUAAGUGAUGAGGUCAAUUCUGAAGGGCACGAUAUUACUGAAGGGUGGCUUCUUUAUUGUGAAGUCGUAUUAAUGUGGAUGGUGGCAAGUUGCGCCUUUGAUAAUUUCGCCGCAGAAUUUCAAUCGAGUAUAUGGGAAAAGUUAUCCGGAAAAGCAAUUUGUCCCCGUUUUUGGGAAACAAUUGCAAAUUUUUUAACCAAAAUAACACGGCAAGUCUCUGCCUUUACAAAAGAAGAGAUAAUUUCAUCAAAUGGAAGCAUUUUUCCGCCUCCCCUAGCUGAAGAUUGGGAAUUGCGUGGAAUCUGUUGGUUACGACAAAUUCAUCCAAAUAAUUACUUUAAAGAAGAAAUUGAUUUGUUGACAUCUAAUUUUAAUGCUGAAAAACUCAAUGAUUAUAUUGCUCCAACGUAUUCCCUGAAAUUGGACCCGGAUGCUAAAGUGAGAAGGAGAGCAAGAAUAUUUGAGUUGGGAAUAUUGUUAGCAAAGAAAAUAAAUGGGCUCGAAUUUGAUGAAAAACUUGACUCCUUCUCUUCUUUGCCCGAACUAGACGAGGAUGUAAAAGACACCAAAAUAAAGUCAGAAUUGCUUUUUGAAAACGAGCUUAGCCAGUCUAAGUCUGAUUGGGCCGAAGAGGUAGAAAAUGUGAUCCAAAAGGAAUUAAGUGAUCAAGAAGAAGAUGAAAAUAUUAAGGAAUUGAAGGCACGCAGAGCAAAUCUAGAAAUGAAGACUGCUGCUCUAAUUGAUUCUCGUGUAACUCCGAAAAAAUCACACGUGAAUGAAAAAAAGACAGAGUUAAUUCCGAUCAAGAAGUCACCGAAAUCAGCUUCCAAAAUUUUACCAGGAUAUACUACAUUCAUCGUUGACACAAAUUGUUUAGUGGGCGAUUUGUACUCUGUCAAAAAAAUUAUAAAGUCCGAAAAAUGGAAUGUGUUGGCUGGAUUAACUUUGAAUCCGCCUCCGCUUGGAAAUUCGGCUACCGAAGCGCUCAACUAUUUAAAACAAGCAAUGUCAAGUGGGACCAGGGAAAUAAAAUUAAAAGUUCAGACAAGUAAAGGAAAUUACAUAUCCGAUAUUAGUUUCAAUGAGGAAUUCGAUUUCGGAUAUGGAGAAGACAAAAAGAAAAAUCUUGACGACAUUAUUUUAGGAAUUUGUUUGUGGCACGCAAAGAAUCAUCCCGAUACUGGCAAUCAAAACAAUGGAAAUCAAAAUGAAAGAGUGGUUCUUUUGACAAACGAUAGGAACCUUCGAGUGAAAGCACGCGCGAGAGAUGUUAAUGUCGUUAAUGUCCAGGAUUUUAAGAAUCUCAUUGGAUGA